CUGCAGUGAACUUCAAGUCCCAGAAAGCCUUUCGCCUGAAUGAGUAAAGUUGUCUGUGACGACCUUGGAUAUCGACUGCACUGCAAGCAUGGCGAAUAAAGAGCCCAAUAGCUUCCUGACACAUCUGCGGGACCUGGCUGGUCGUAUGUCUGGUGCGGGGGGCAAGGGAGCAGGGAUAGGUAUCAAGCUGCUCAUUGGUGCUGGAGCUCUGGCCUAUGGUGUCAAAGAGGCUACAUUCACAGUGGAUGGAGGUCAGAGAGCGAUCAUCUUCAACAGAAUUGGGGGGAUGCAGAUGGACACAGUGCUGGCUGAGGGACUGCACUUCAGGUUACCAUGGAUCCAGUACCCAAUCAUCUAUGACAUCAGAGCCAGGCCCAGGAAGAUCGCUUCACUAACUGGAAGUAAAGAUCUGCAGAUGAUCAACAUUGGGCUGCGUGUGCUGUCUCGUCCCGUGGCCGCCAACCUGCCCGCCAUGUACCAGCAGCUGGGGAAAGACUAUGACGAGAGAGUACUACCCUCCAUUGUCAACGAGGUGCUAAAGAGCGUGGUGGCCAAGUUCAAUGCCUCACAGCUCAUUACUCAGAGAGCACAGGUGUCCUUGUUGAUUCGCCGGGAGCUGUUUGAGAGAGCCAAAGACUUCAACAUCAUCCUGGACGAUGUGGCCAUCACGGAGCUGAGCUUCAGCAGGGAGUACACUGCUGCCGUAGAGGCCAAACAAGUUGCCCAACAGGAGGCCCAGAGAGCCCAGUUCUACGUGGAGAAAGCCAAGCAGGACCAGAGACACAAGAUUAUUCAGGCGGAGGGAGAGGCAGAGGCUGCCAAGAUGUUGGGGCAAGCAGUGACAAAGAAUCCUGGAUACCUGAAGCUUCGACGAAUCAGAGCUGCCCAGGCCAUUGCUAAGACGGUGGCAACGUCCCAGAACAAGGUGUACCUUUCCGCCGACAACCUGGUCCUCAACCUUCAAGACGACUCUUUUAACAAGAUCUUUAGUGUCCAUGUGUAGCUGUUCACAGAAACGGAGACACAGCCUGUCUAUCACUGGGAAAGAAGUAGGCUUUUGAGAAAGCCUCUAGCAUUCCACCUGUCUGAGGCUACAUCUACUGCUGUCUGUCCACCUGCCUAUUAAUCUGAUUGUAUCCAAGUGGUUUACCAUCUCGCUGAAGAAGACUGUCUCUGUACAGUAAACCUAUGGGACUAGUGGUGUGUAUCUGACAUGGUUUGGUUCAGAUGGAACCUGCAGCGAUGACAUCAUAAUGGCAUUUGGAAUCUAUAGUGUUUUGUGGAAUCAAACCAAAAUGGCACAAGCCUGUAACAACAUAAUCAGCUGCUUUGUUGUCAAUAAGCUGUGUAGAUGAUGCUGUAGGAAUCUUACUUUUUUCUGUCAAGCCCUAUAUGUGUUUGUGUACAUGUGUUGUUGAGAACAGCAGGACUAGGCUCUUGGGCUGUGUUUAGAGAGGUAGGCCAAUUCUGAUCUAUUUAUUUACUAAUUGGUAUUUUGAUUAAUCAGAUCAGCUCUGAAAAUAAUCUGGUUUGAUUGGUCAAAAGACCAAUUGGUAGACAAAAUAUCUGAAAUGGGCUGCUGCUCAACUCAGCCUUGGUGCAUCAGAUGUGUACUAAUGACUAAGUCCUUUUCUAUGAAACUACUGCUGGGACCAGCUGCCCUCAUUGUGUUAAAUGACGACUAUAUUAUCUGAUAAACCUCUGCUGUGGAACAGUACUACCCCCUCCAUGCGAUCAAGGGUCUGCCAAAAUGAUUCCAUCCACUAGUUUGGAGCUGACAAGGCUUUUCCCUUCUAAGUGUUAUUACAUUGUUCACUGUUGAUGUGACUAAAAAUAAACAAGAACGGCACAGUA